CUGAAACUGCCAUUCCUAUAGUUAGCUGACAAUUGGAAACCACACAUUGAAAUAUGAUCGCUAAGGUUCUGAUCCUGGCGUUGGCCGCUGCCGUCAACUGCCAAUACAUCUCCAACUACAACACCGGUCUAUACGGCGCCGGUUUGGGUGGUUUGGGCGGUUACUACGGCGCCGGAGUCUCCGGAGGCGUAGUGGGAGGCCUUCCCGUCUACCGAAGCAGCGCACUGUACGGCGGUCUAUACGGCGCCAACAACUUGGGAUACGGAGCUAACUUUGGACGAGUGGCCGGUUUGGGCGCUCUCCGAACCUCCGGCGCCAUCGUCGGUGGCGGUGCUCUCGGCUACGGAACUGGCGCUCUGGUCGCCGGUGGUCUGCCCGCAUACGGUGUGGCCGCACCCGCCGUCAGCACCAUUGGUCUCGGCCAAGUGGGUCUCGGUGUCAACACCGGCUCCCUCGGUGUCAACCAAUACCUGUCGAACCUGAACAUCGCCAGAGGUGUGUCCGUACAACAGGCCGGACCCAUCAACGCUGCCGUCCAAACCAUCUCCCGCACCGUCGACUACAGACCCGUCCCCUAUAGCGGAGAGCCAGCGGUCGUCCAAGACAUCGAUGUCCCGCCCCAGGAGUCGCCCCUCAGAAUCAACUUCCAGUCCAAAUCCAGCCCAUUGGCAGUCACUCAGCAACACAUCCCCGCCGAACCCGGUCAGGUCCAGGUGACCCAAUCGGAGGACGAGCCCCAGACCGCUGUCCACCAGGUGACCCGCCCGGUCAUCCAACAGGUCCAGGAGGUGAUCCAGCCCUACAGAACCCUCACCCAAGUGGUGGAGCCCGUCAUCGAGCAGACCCACACCAACAUCGCACAGGGAGAGGGCGUCAGACUGACCGGACUCACCAGCGGUAUUGUCGGCGGAACCGGACAGUUGGCCGCCAGCGGUGUUGGCAUUGCCGGAGUGCCCGUUGUCUCCGGUGCCGCCGUCCAGAGGCCCCUCAUCGGCGGUCUCGGCCUCGGCCUCACCCAAGGCUACGGACUGGCCCGACAGGGUGGCCUCUAUAACACCGGUCUGAUCGGCGCCCGUGCCUACGGAACCGGUCUUAACACCGGUCUCAUCGGCGCCCGAGCCUACGGAACCGGUCUCAACACCGGCCUCAUCGGCGCCCAGGGAUACGGUCUGGGAGGCUACCGAACCCUUGGUUACGGAUACGGAAAUGGUUUGGGGCUUAACGGCCUGAGCGGUCUCUCCACAUACGGAACCACCGCCAGAAUCGCCCGAUACUAA